AUGGCACCCCACGCUGAUAUUGACGUCGACCAUGUGGCGCAAGGACCGGGGCCGCAUUGUGAAAAUGCGGAACACGUUACAAUAUCUAUUGACAAGAUAAUGGAUUGCAAUAGGGCGACAGAGGAGAUUCUACUAAAUGCGUCAAAGGAUCUGGGGUUUUUCUAUCUUGAUGUGAGAAAUCAUCCUGCUCGUGAGGUUACAAAACAGAUCGAGAUGGCUACAUUGACAGCGCUGCAAUUCUACCAACCACCGCAGAAAGAGAGAUCUACAUGGGAGCUUAACAAGGAUCAUAUCUCCGGAGAGGAAGUUUUGGGCGGCUUGUCACGAUCCCUAAAUUUGGGCGACAAACAGAACCUUGCCAAGCAUCACCGCAAAUGCCACGCCUUUCCUUCCGCCCUCGGACUUCUCAAGUACCUACAUCACGAACCUGAAAGUGAGGAAGUCCGCCACGCCUCACACACCGACUUCGAGAUUCUUUUCAUGGUAUUCUCUGAUGUGGGUGGUUUCCAGGUUUAUCAUCCUGGAAAGAAAAAGUGGAUGUUCAUCCCGCCGAAACUAGGCCAUAUUGUGUGCGAUAUCGAUGAUUUGUCCGAGUUCUUGUCCAAAAGUUUGCUGCGGACGUCACUCCACCGUAUUAUCCCGCAGCCUACAGAGAAGAGCAAGAGAAAGUUAGCUGUGGUAUAUCUCACGAGACCUGAUAUAGAUGCCGUGUUCGUUGACCGUGAGGGAAAGGAGUGGAGAAGUGUGGAUUGGCAAGACAUGAAGAACCGGCUCGCUGCUGAAGAUCUCGAGUUUCAGACUAGCAACCUCGCGCUCACGGGCCGUCUAAGCCAUGACGAUCUUUGGAAAGAGAAGGAGGUUUGA